AUGAAGGUAAUGAACGGAUUAGUUGUGGAGUAUCUUAUUGAUAGCUACGAAGAUAAAUGGAAGGAGCCCACGGUAAAAACAGGAGCAACGCGCCCUUAAACGCAGUCCUUUUCCUCGGUUUUCGUUCUUAAACAGGUCAAUACUGAAGUCUCUGGAUUUAGAUAUACACUAGCAUUCAUUUGGUGCCUGGAUAUUUGUCCGCGGACAUUAUCUGAUUUGAGUAGCGAGCAGUUCAGGAGAGCGAUACUAGAGAAUACAUGUGAGCUUCGAGGAACAGAUAACGUCAAUUUUAAAGAAAGACUUCCAUCGCAUUGGAACAUUUUCGGUCACGUCAUGCACGUAUUAAAAACGAUCGCGUGUGCGCGAACGUAUGUGAUGGAUUAA